AUGUUUACUGUAACUGGCUGGUGUGUGAGGGCCUUUCGCGUGAUGCCCUACAGCACCGCCUGCACGACCCCGUUGUCCAAUUUUGAGGUGUCGCAAAACUACAAAGAGGUCUCCGAUCCCUCCAUCAUUGUUCAGUUCAAGCUCACGGACGAGGAGAAUUCGUACGUGCUCGCGUGGACGACGACACCAUGGACACUGCCCUCAAACUUGGCUUUGUGUGUGAACCCCGAAUUGACGUAUUUGCAGGUGCAGAACAAGACCACCAACACCAAGUGGAUCGUUGGAAAGGACAGAUGGCCGUGGAUCUGUUCAUCCGUCAAAAAGAACGCUGAGAAAGACUUCACUGUUCUCUGGGAGAAGAAGGGUGCAGAGCUGAAGGGGAUCAAGUACGAGCCUCUCUUUGAUUUCUUCAAGGGCAAGGCCCUCAAGGGUGCCUGGCAGAUUCUGACCGAUGGCUACGUCUCUACUGAGGCGGGCACAUGCAUCGUCCACCAAGCUCCAGCUUUCGGAGAGGACGACAAUCGCGUUUGCCUGACGGCCGGAAUCAUCCUGAAGGAUGGAACUGGCAUGGUGCACCUGAUUGAUGACAGCGGUUGCUUCACAAAGGAGGUUCCUGACUUCAUGGGCCAGCAUGUGAAAGCAGCUGACAAGGAUAUCAAGGAAAAGCUGAAGAAAGAAAACAAGUUGGUCUUCAACGGCACUGAGGUGCACAACUAUCCUCACUGCUGGCGCUCGGACACGCCCCUCAUCUACAGGGCCAUUCCCAGCUGGUUCAUCAAAGUCGAAGAGGCCCGGGAGAAGCUCAUCGCCAACAACAACCAGACGUAUUGGGUCCCAAGCUUUGUGAAGGAGAAGCGCUUCCAUAACUGGCUGACAGAGGCCAGAGACUGGUGCGUGUCACGAAACCGCUACUGGGGAACGCCAAUCCCCUUGUGGGUCUCUUCAGAUUUCGAAGAGGUUGUUUGCAUCGGCAGUGUGGCCGAGCUGGAAAAAUAUGCCGGAAGAGAAAUCAAGGAUCUUCAUCGGCACUUCAUUGACGACAUCCAGAUCCCAUCCCAGAAGGGCAAAGGGAUGUUGAAGAGAGUCGAUGAGGCAAAGGCUGCUUGUGCUGCUUGGGUAUACGGUGAUGACCACGGCGAUGCCCAUGGUCCGUAUGGUCAUGGCGAACAUGGCGGACAUGGUGGUGGGCAUGGUGGCCACACUGACGGGCCGAGAUACAAACCUGAGAUGAUGGAUUUUGCAGGAUACAUCAAGGAAAUGGACAAGGAUGGAGAUGGUUUGCUGUCUCUUGAGGAGGCUGUGAGCAGUAUAACAGAAAUAGAGGGCGUGGCGCAUCCGGAUGAUCCUGAGAUCGUUGCGGAGAGAGACAGACACGUGGCGCAGCUCACAGAGAACUUCAAGAAAUCUGAUCACAAUCAGGAUGGAAAGCUUACGUUCGAAGAGGCAUUGAUGUUGCUGAAGCAUUCUGGCGGCAUUGACGUGUUCGACUGCUGGUUUGAAAGCGGAUCCAUGCCAUACGGCUCCAAGCACUAUCCUUUUGAGGGCAAGGAGGAGUUUGAGAAAGGUUUCCCUGCACAGUUCAUUGCAGAGGGUUUGGACCAGACCCGAGGAUGGUUUUACACUCUUAUGGUCCUUGGUACGCAUUUGUUCAACAAGCCUCCCUUCCAGAAUCUCAUUGUGAAUGGCAUGGUUCUUGCAGUCACCCACUUAGAGACUUAG